GCUGGGAAUAAGAGACAGUAUGAGGGCCUUAAUCGCCUUGUCUUUCGUCGCUGCGAUGAGCGUGGCAGCUGCUGCUCCAGGCGGUUGCUGUGGCGGAGGAGGAGCUGGCGGUGGCUACGGCAGCGGAGGUGGCGGAGGCGGUAGCGUUAUUAGCGCAAGACUCGUUGGGGUUGGAGACCUUCCUGGCGGCGGGGGAUAUGGCGGAGGCGGCCAUGGCGGCUCCGAAGGCUCUAACGUCAUCCCUGCCCAGCUUGUUGGCGUCGGCUCUCUGCCAGGCACCGGCGGAGGCGGCGAUGGAGGCACUGGGGGCUACGGCGACGGAGGCGGAGGCGGCCACGGGGGCUCGAGCGGCGCCAGCGUUGUCCAGGCUCAGCUGGUGGGCGUCGGCAGCCUUCCCGGAGGUGGCGGCGACGGUUAUGGCGGCAACAGCGGAGGCAACGGAGGCGGCUAUGGCGGCGGCGGCGGCGGCUGGUGAAGGACGAUCCUCACAGUCGCGCAUUUAGCUAUAAAUUUGAAACCAAAUAGUCAAUAAAAAUCUAUGAA